CUCUCUCUCUCCUGUGAUUUUUCUUCGUCGCCUGCUGGAGCCACCAGUGGAUGUCCACUCAGCAUCAAUGGCAAUUCCAUAAUUAACUCAAACAUCAGGGUGAAGUACGUUACAUAUCUGAUCGACGGCUGGUCCAGCCAUCAAUAUCAUUCCUCCGGUUGUUCUGUCCACGACACGAAAUAUGGAAAGUCAGCAAGGUAGAAGCCAGAGAAACUCUUGGGAUUAGCUGUUCCUGUUUCAGAUCUUUCAAAAUCAAUUUCCUUAUCCUCCUCUCCCAGUUCGAUGAUGAUGGGUCGAUUCCGGGAGAAGUUGGUGGCGUUCUUCAAUAACAGAUGGCUGGUGUUUGUGGCGGCAAUGUGGAUUCAAUCAUGCGCCGGGAUUGGGUACUUGUUUGGGAGUAUAUCGCCUGUGAUAAAGACGUCUUUGAAUUACAAUCAGAGGCAAAUUGCGAGGCUGGGCGUGGCCAAGGAUCUCGGAGACAGCGUCGGGUUCUUGGCUGGAAGUUUGUGCGAGGUCUUGCCUUUAUGGGCUGCUCUUCUUGUUGGAGCUGCCCAAAACUUUGUUGGCUAUGGUUGGGUUUGGCUGAUCGUCACCGGCCGAGUUCCGGCUUUGCCUUUGUGGGCUAUGUGCAUUCUUAUAUUUGUGGGGACUAACGGUGAGACAUACUUCAACACAGUAGCAUUGGUCUCAUGCGUGCAAAAUUUUCCAAAAAGCCGGGGCCCUGUGGUGGGAAUAUUAAAGGGAUUUGCUGGGUUAGGCGGUGCAAUUCUGACUCAGAUAUAUGCAGUGAUCCAUUCCCCUGAUCAUGCAUCACUCAUAUUCAUGGUUGCAGUUGGGCCAACUAUGGUGGUUAUUGCCCUUAUGUUCAUUGUCAGGCCUGUUGGAGGUCAUAAACAAGUUAGGUCAUCUGAUGGGAUGAGUUUCUCAUUUAUCUAUAGUGUGUGCCUCCUUUUGGCUGCUUAUUUGAUGGCAGUCAUGCUUCUCGAAGAUUUAAUUGAUUUGAGCCACACUGUGAUCAUAAUUUUCACAGCCAUUUUAUUUGGUCUCUUAAUAGUUCCUAUUUUGAUUCCUGUCUCCUUGAGCAUUUGCCCUGAGACAAGAGAUUCAGAAGAAGCAGCUCUUCUUAUUGAACCACAGAAACAAGAAGCCAGCAAAUCUGAACGUGAUGCAAAUGAGGUUAUAUUUAGUGAGGUGGAGAGUGAGGUGGAAGAUGAGAGACGAAAGGGUGUGCAGUCUCUUCCAGCUUCAGAAAGGCAAAAGAGAAUCGCCCUACUGCAAACAAAGUUAGCUCAAGCAGCUGCAGAAGGAGCAGUGAGGGUCAAGAGGAGGAGGGGCCCACAUAGGGGUGAGGACUUCACCUUGAUGCAGGCUUUGAUAAAGGCAGACUUUUGGCUAAUAUUUUUCUCCCUUCUAUUGGGGUCUGGAUCCGGUUUGACAGUGAUUGAUAAUUUGGGUCAGAUGAGCCAAUCUUUAGGUUAUGACAAUACUCAUAUCUUUGUUUCAUUGAUUAGCAUUUGGAACUUUCUUGGCCGCGUUGGUGGAGGUUAUUUCUCUGAGAUGAUUGUCAGGGACCAUGCUUAUCCAAGACCAGUGGCAAUGGCUGUUGCCCAAGCCAUAAUGGUAUUUGGGCACUUCUUCGUUGGCAUGGGUUGGCCUGGAGCAAUGUACAUUGGUACUCUGCUGAUUGGACUGGGGUAUGGCGCACACUGGGCAAUCGUGCCAGCUGCUGCCUCUGAAUUGUUUGGCUUGAAAAAGUUCGGAGCUUUGUACAACUUUCUCACUCUGGCAAAUCCUGCUGGUUCCUUGAUCUUCUCUGGCCUGAUUGCCAGCACUAUAUAUGACAGUGAAGCCGAGAAGCAAGCCCAUCAGCACCAUCAACCUCACCGUCAAUGGGAUCUGGGAUCAAUAUUUUUAGGUAGCCUUGGUGCGGAUGAACCACUGAAAUGUGAAGGUGCUGUGUGCUUCUUCCUGACAUCUAUGAUAAUGUCCGGACUUUGCGUCAUUGCAGUUGUUUUAAGUCUGAUUCUUGUCCAUCGCACCAAGAUUGUUUAUGCCCACCUUUAUGGAAAAUCUCGUACCUGACUUGUGGGAAGAGAACCAAGUUCAGAAAAUCAUUUUGGAUUUGAAUUGCAUUAUCAGUAUAUUUAGGGCAAAGGAGCCGCCAGCCGGCCAUUCCACACUGCUUCCAACCAUUGUUUCUUAAACUAUUGUGAGGAGAGAUGGAGGGGAAUCAUACUCCAUAAUAGCUCGCCAGAGAAUGAGAAUCAGAAUCAGACAUGCUUCUGGGGCAUUACAAUAUAUUGCCGUGUAAAUGUGCAGUGCCUCGUUGUUCUGUAAGAUUUUCUGCUUUGAAUGUUGAAAUGUUGUAUGUUGUCAAAGUUGGGACACUUUCUUGGGGGUAACAUUUUGUCGUUAAAGUCUAGUUUUGAAACCAAUUCAUGAUGGAAAUAUCGUUUGCUGUUUCGACCAAGAUUUUCUCCAGCAUCAGAGCUUUUGCAUUUCUAGCAUCAAAUCUCGUGUUCAGAAUCAAUUAGAGUUUGGGUCUUGGGCUCUUAGCUCAGCAUCUCACCGCCUGAUGGUGACACCCUCUUAGGAGGGAAAGUGUUUGGUCAUCAUGGCCUUGAGCCAUGUAACUGAAGUCACUUAGUAGAACUCUUGUGAGCAAUGGAAGUAUGAAUAUAUAUAUAUAUAUAUCCAUCAUUUUCCCCAUAUAUAUAUCAUCAAUGCAGAGUA